CUCAACACAUGUAUUUCAAGGAUCAACAUGUCUUUGUGAAGAACAUGGAUCAUAUGUUUAAACAGUUUCUGCAGUGACUCCUCCAGGCUGCCGUAGACUCACUGCUUCAUUUCCUGUCUGACCAGAAAGGAACCAAAGAAGAACAGAAGAUGAAGAACAAAGUCAGCAGCACUCAAGUGAGCGUAAAGAGGCGGUCCUGGUCCUGGCAACAGUACCUGAACGAACAGAAAGCUGAAGCUGCUCCUCUGUCACUGUUUACACAGUCCCAGUCCUUCCCUAGCAAGAGAGCUGGUUUUAAAGUUGGAAUGAAGCUGGAGGGCAUCGACCCGCUGCACCCCUCCAUGUUGUGUGUGCUGACGGUCGCAGAGGUGAUUGGUUAUCGGCUCCGUCUCCAUAUUGACGGAUACUCGGAGUGCUAUGACUUUUGGGUAAAUGCCGACUCAGCAAGCAUCAAACCCGCAGGCUGGAGUAAAGACCACAACCACAAGCUCCACCCACCCAAAGGUCACAGUGAGACCGAUUUUGAUUGGCCGCUCUACCUGCAGUCCACUGGCUCUCAUGCUGCUCCUCCGACCCUAUUCACCUGUCGCACUGCGAGCUGUGGGUUCACUGUGGGAAUGAAGUUGGAGGCGGUUGACAGGAAGAACCCUGGUCUGGUCUGCGUCGCCUCCGUCACUGAUGUCAUCGAUGACCACUUCUUGGUCCACUUUGACAACUGGGACGACACAUACGACUACUGGUGCGACGGCAGCAGUCCGUACAUCCAUCCUGUGGGCUGGUGUGAAGAACAGGGACGACCUCUGACCGCUCCACAGGGUCAUCCCAACCCAGAGAACUUCCUGUGGGAGGAGUACCUGCAGGAGACUGGUUCCACCGCUGCUCCCAGCUCCGCCUUCACACAGAGAGCUCCACAUGGUUUCCAGGUGAACCAGAAACUGGAGGCGGUCGACAGAAGGAACCCCAUGUUGAUCCGUGUCGCCACGGUAACGGAUGUAGAAGACAACAGGGUGAAGGUCCAUUAUGAUGGCUGGUCGCAGCAGUUUGACAUCUGGUGUGACGCCGACCUCUGUGACCUUCAUCCAGUCGGUUGGUGUCAACGCACAGGACACCCACUGGAACCCCCUCCAGGUUCCUCCCCCCUCUUCCCCCCCUCUCAGGGUGUGUGUCCCACUCCAGGCUGCAGAGGAGUUGGUCACAUUAAGGGAGCCAAGUACACCGGACACCACAGUGCCUUCGGCUGUCCGUACUCAGACAUUAACAUGCGUAAGGAGGUGGUGCUUCCUGAUAGGCUGGGAGGAGAGAGAGUCAUCACCCUUGUCCCUGUCACCAUUUAUCACCAUGGCAACCAGUCAGACAGCGGAAGUAUUCAGGUGAAGACGGAGCCCACAGACGAGACUCUGCUGCUUCCUCUGGGGAAGAGAAGAAGACUGACAGACAGACUCUCCCAGCCAACCAAAUUCCUCCGUGUGAAACAGGAAGAGGAGGAGCUUCACGUCACCACCCUCGGUCCAGCAGCAGAGUCCAGUCUGCAGGCCGCCCUCCAUCAGUCUGUCUUCCUGUCGGCCAUGUCGGCGCAGCCCGGCCGCGACCUAUCGCUCUGCUGGGAGCAGCACCGCAAACUACUGCCGGGCGUCGCCGGAGUCCACGCCGAGACCGUCCAACACUGGAGCGUCCAGCAGGUCAGUACGACAGAUCAGAGAAAGAGACAGGUAUGGGAGAGAGGGAGAAGUUAA